ACGUAAUUUGUUGGAGCUUGAACCCCAAAGGCAUUGUUGUACAUGUAACAGUUGUGAUUAUGAAUAAAGUUAUGGAUGAUUUGUAAAAAAGAAAAUGUAUUUUGUGUGUCCUCAGUUUGAGAGAGACAGAGGAGACAAGAAUAGUAGUAGCAGGUGGCAGGCCGGCGUGGAUGGACCCAAAAAAAAUGCCAUUCCUGCAGCAUCCGUCUUUCUUGGCUGCCUGCCUGACUGACUGCCUUCCUCAACAAACGACAAUCUCUACCGAUUAAUUAAGAUCCUGGUAAUUGAAUAAUUAAUUACAUGCAUUCGUUAAUUCCCUCUCCUCUCCUCUUCUCUCCUGUAAUCAAUCAAACGAUGGAUCGAUCGAUUCAUUCAUCCUUGGUUGCUUGCUUGCUUGCUUGUUAAUUACAUUACAUUCAUGGAUGCAUGCUGCUGUUGUUGUUGUUGUAUGCGUAGGAUUGGAGAUCAUUCCAUUCUUUCCUGAUUAUUCUUCUUGUGCUGUUAUUGUCUUGAUGAUGCAUGCAUGCAGAUCCACCAUGUUCAUGUUGUGAGCUCAUCGGGUGCGCCGGCGGUCGACCUGCGGUGGUGCCGGUGCCGGUGCCGGUGCCAUGGACGAGGAGGAGGAGAUUGAAGGGGCGCCGGCCUUCUUCCACCGCCACCCUCUCCUCUUCUACUUCCUCCUCUUCCUCGCCUUCACCUACGCCUUGGUCUACCCCGUCUUCGCCUUCAUCCUCGCCGCCGUCCCGGUCUUCGUCCUCACCGCCCUCCUCCUCGGCAUCGUCCUCCUCCACAGCGUGCCCCAGGAUCAUGACCCGCAUGUCUACAAGAAGAUCACCCACCGCCCACCACAAUGCCAACCAGCCCCCAUCGGAGGGAGCACCAGCAGCAGACAUCACCACCAGCCCUCCUACGAAUCCAGCGACGACGACUCCUCAUCCGCACACGAAAAUGACAACCGCCCACCCAGGGCCAUGUCCACCGCCUCCUCACACGCCUCCUUCCCCGACCCCGACGACACCGCCGCCAACACCGAAUCUGAAUCAACCGACUCUGACCAUGAAGAAAAGCAGCACAACCACCACCGCUCCCACAAAAAGGACGCGGUGCGGGCGGUCGCGUGGACGGCCGAUGACGCCAAGAGCAUCGAGAACAUCGGCUCGCUCGAGCUCGAGAUGAACGCCACCGUCGAGAAGCUCAUGUCCAGGCGCCGCGCCCGCGGCCACCAGCGACCCCUCCACCAACACCACCACCAACACCAUCACGUCAUGGACCUCGCCGACGACCCGUCCAAGCUCAGCAUCGCCACCCGGAAGAGGAACCCCUUCGACCUCGACGGGCCCUACGACGAGGACGACAACUUCCCCGACUCCGCACCCUCCAUGCUCGGCCUACGCCCCUCGCGCAACCCCUUCUUCGAUGAUAUUGACGACGAUCUCCAUCUCCAAGCACCACCGCAGCCGUCGUCCAUCCCGGGGGCGGCCCAGAAGAACGCCAUGCUGUUCCGACGGCACGAGAGCUUCACCGUGGGUGCGCCGCACGUCAGCGACUUCCGGCCAUCCCGCUUCAGGCCCUACUUCGUCACGGAGAAGAUGCAGGGCCAGCCGGUCACGGUUCCCGAGGCCAGCCGCAAGAGCAGCUCCUCGUCCACGUCUUCCUCCUCUGCGGGUGCCACUGCCUAUGCUUACGCCUAUGCCUACGCCUCCGCCAACAAAGAAGAAGAGGCAGCAGCAGAACAAGUAGAAGCAGAAGCAGAAGCAGCAACAAUGUCGGAGGAGGUGAAGAGUACCGUAGAGUACAGCAGCAGGUCUCAUGAGGUGGCGGCGGUGGACGUGGAGCUCAUCAGCGACUCUUCCGACGAUGACAUGACACUGCCUGGUGGGGGCCAUGCCCAUAAAGAGCAUCAAGUACCGGUACAGCAGCAGCAGCAGGCGGCUGAGCAAGAGCAGCAAAUGAAGAUGGAGCAGGAGCAGCAAAUGAAGCUGCAGCAGGAGCAGCAGAUGAAGCUGCAGCAGGAGCAGCAGAUGAAGGAGCAGCGAAUGAAGCAGCAGUUGGCUGAGCAGGAGCAGCAAAUGAAGCAGGCGGCUGAGCAAGAGCGGCAAAUGAAAAUGCAGCAGCAGCAGCAGUUGGCGUUAUCAGACGAUGACGAGGGGGAUUCGUUUGAGGUGGAGAGCAUCACGAAACAAGUAGCAGCGGCGGCGGCGGGCAAAACCAAGCAGCUUGAGACAGAUCCUGCAUACGACUACAGCCCGUCAAAGACGGAGAAGGCAGCAUUUGCCCAGUUACCUCCUCCGGCGCCGCCAAAUAAGCUGCAGACGAUGCGGAGAGUGUUCUCAGAAGAAGACGCGGACGAGCCAUGGGCAGCGCCGAGCGGACUGGAGGAGACAGCUGAGGAUGAGGGCAGGGAGCAAGACAUGUUAUCUGCUCCUGCUGCUGGUGCUGCCCCUCCUCUUUCUGCGGCCGCCAAGAAAGCUAUCGGCAAGUCCACCAAGGCGUACAAGCCGCCAACCAAGAAGGCAGUCUUAGGCUUCUUCCGCAAGUGACCUCUUCUCUUCUCUUCUCUUCUUUUCUGUAGAAGACAACACAUGCAAAGCCUCCUAUACUCUCUCAGGACCUCAAUGUAAAAAAAAACCAAGGAAGAAAGCAAAUACCUUUUUACUGAUUGGCCUGGCUCUGUACAUUAUUAUGUAGGAAGAUAUUCCUAACUUCAUAUCAUAACGAAUUUUUAUGCUUUAGCAAUGCACCACCAUGCUAAUUAUUCCAUCCAUAUGUAUGUACUCAGUCGGAUUCCUUGUCUGACCACCAAGCAACCGAAAAAUGCCCACCAACGCUGCUAUAUCACACCUCAUUCCCCUAUGCAUUGGCCAUCUUUCUGCAUUCAAACACCCAAACGCCAUGAAU